AACCAGCAGACAAGGACCCGAGCAAGUACACUCGACGCGAUGGCGACAACCGUGGCCGUGCCGGCCGCCGGCUACGGCGCGGACGGCGUGUACCGCUCGCUGCGCCCGGCGGCGCCCAUUCCCUCCGACCCGGGCCUCUCCAUGACCGACCUCCUCUUCCGCCGCGCCGACGCCUGCCCGUCCGCGCUCGCGCUCGUGGACGCCGCCACGGGCCGCUCCCUCACCUUCGCGGGCCUCCGCUCCGCCAUCCUCUCGACCGCCGUGGCCCUCGCCUCCCGCGCCGGCGUCCGCCCCGGUGACGCCGUCCUCCUCAUCGCGCCCAACUGCGUUCUUUACCCCAUCUGCGUCUUCGCCACCACCGCGCUCGGCGCCGUCGCCAGCACCGCCAACCCGCUCUACACCCCGCGGGAGAUCGCCAAGCAGGCCGCCGACGCCCGCGUCAAGCUCCUCAUCACCGUCCCCGAACUCCUCCCCAAGGUCGCCGGCCUCGCCCUCCCCGUCAUCCUCCUCGACGACCCCGCCACACCCGCGCCUCCCGCCUCCAACGUGACCCUCUACUCCGACCUCGUCGCCGGCGUGGACGAGGCCCAGUACCGCCGCCCGCCGACCAAGCAGAGCGACACGGCCGCGCUGCUCUACUCCUCGGGCACCACGGGGGACAGCAAGGGGGUCGUCCUCACGCACCGCAACUUCAUCGCCACCUCCACCAUGGUCACCUCCGACCAGGACCAGCGCGGGGAGGGGCCCAACGUCUUCCUCUGCUUCCUCCCCAUGUUCCACAUCUUCGGCCUCUCCGUCAUCACCUUCGGCCAGCUGCAGCGCGGCAACACCGUCGUCGUCAUGUCGGGCUUCACCAUGGACGCCGUCAUGAAGGCCGUCGAGCGGUACCGCGUCACCAACCUCUUCUGCGUGCCGCCUGUCAUGAUCGCGCUCGCCAAGCAGGGGAUGGCCGGGAAGUACGACCUCAGCUCUCUCAAGUACAUCGGAUCGGGCGCCGCGCCGCUCGGCAAGGACGUCAUGGAGGUCGUUGCCAAGAACUUCCCCAAAGCCGAGAUUGUUCAGGGCUAUGGUAUGACGGAGACUUGUGGGAUCAUAUCACUUGAAUUCCCAGUAAAUGGAAAGACUCGUCGGUUUGGGUCAACUGGAGCGCUUGUCAUUGGAAAUGAAGCAAAAAUUGUCGAUGUAGAGACUCUAAAACAUCUGCCACCAAAUCAACUAGGAGAAAUUUGUAUCCGAGGACCACACAUAAUGCAAGGGUAUUUCAACAAUGUGCAAGCUACUGACUUUACAAUCAAGCAAGGGUGGUUGCAUACUGGUGAUCUUGGAUACUUUGACGAAGAAGGCCAGCUUUAUGUUGUUGAUAGACUUAAAGAGCUGAUUAAGUACAAAGGUUUUCAGAUUGCACCUGCUGAGCUUGAAGGAUUACUUCUAUCUCAUCCAGAGAUUCUAGAUGCUGUCGUUAUCCCGUUUCCUGAUGCUGAAGCUGGAGAAGUUCCUAUAGCUUACGUUGUCCGGUCAACUUCGAGUUCAUUGACUGAAAUUGAUGUGCAGAAAUUUAUUGAAACUCAGGUCACGUACUACAAAAGGUUGAAGAGGGUUACAUUCGUGGACAGCGUACCAAAGUCAGUUUCAGGCAAGAUUUUGAGAAGAGAGCUCAUCGCCAAAGUCAGAUCGGAACAAGCCAGAUUGUCCAAGCUGUAGCAAAUCUGCUGCUUCUUUCUGUUCCAGAGCAAUUCUUGCUGCUAAAUUUUAAAGCUUCACAACUCUACAAUGUCAGGAGGUUUACAAAUUCCUGAGCUGGAGCUUUCACUUUGUGCCCUGUGUGUGUUGCAACAUGAGUUUCAAUCUCAACAUUGUACAGAAGUUUGUAUGUGACAAAAAUCAUUGUUCGGCAAAUGUACCAGUGUUCUAUAUACUAUAUAUACAGGGAAUGCAAAAAAAAUGAAUAUGAAUGGGUAAACGUUAUGCGUA